UAACCCACUUUAAAGCACAACAUUCUCCCAACUCUUCUUCCACUUCUAGACACAAACACAAGAUCCCAUAAUGGAAACGGAUCACUACUACCAGAGCUCAAGUGAAACGAUCAUGGCUUCAUUGCUAACUCUAACACCAACUCAAUUCUCUUAUCUCUCCCAUACUCUCUCUUCAGACUUCCAUAUUCAGACACACCGUCUUUAUUCGCUCCUAUCUUCGCCACUCCGUUUCGCACACACUCUCCAGUUCCUUCAAACUCUUUCUCUCCAUGAUAAAACCUUGCUCAUAGCACGUUACCUCCAACGAACACUGAAACAGCUCACUAACACUUGGGAAACCGAAACACAUGCUUCUCCAAACACGGGUUAUUCUUAUUCGAUUCGAUUAAGGUUAAGAGAAUACGACGCCGUUUCAUUGCUCUUGCUACUUUGUGAAGUGUAUCAAUACAAUUCUCAAUUUCUACAGACGUAUUCAUUGAUGGAAUGGCAUGAAAUCCUCAACGAUUACGUGUUUAACAACACUUUAAUGAGUAUUUCCGGCAUGGGUUUCUCAUGUACAAGUCUAGUCUUAUGUCCUUAUAUUGAUAAUGUGAUCAAAUGUAAGAGAUUUCUUGAUACUAUGAUGAGUUGCAGCGUUGGUCAUAACAAACCGGUUGUUGCGGCCGCAUCGGCAUUGGCAGUCGUUUCGUUAAGAUCAGUGCAAGUUAGUAAUGAAAAUAAUGGGGUUGAUCCUGUUUCCUGUGUAAUAUGUAAAGAAGAAAUGAAACAAGGAAGAGAUGUUUGUGAAAUGCCAUGCAAGCAUUUAUUUCACUGGAUUUGUAUAUUGCCAUGGUUGAAGAAGAGAAAUACUUGUCCUUGUUGUAGAUAUCAGAUGCCAACAGAAGAUGUUUUUGGUGAGAUUGAUAGGUUAUGGGGUGUUCUGAUCAACAAAGAUUGUUGCAGAUUAAGGAAUUGAUCAACUGAAAGUUUGAUCAGAUUUGUCAGUCAGUGCAUAGGGAAUUGGAUUGGGUGAUUGAGAUGAGUGGAUGUUGGGAAUUGGUUCAUUUUCAUGGAUAAAGUGAAACGUGGAAGUUAGAUAUGGGGGGUUAGAGUUUACAUUGGAUCUGAUGGAGAUAGCUUGAUACAUUGGACUUUACAAGCAAGCUUUGUUACAAGAAUCCAUAAAGGAAAUGUAUAAAAUUAUUACACCUUUUCAUUUUUAUAGGAGUCACUCUCAGUAUUCUCAUACAUGUGUAGUAGUUUCAUAUGCUCUCUGAUCCUCUAUUUCGAUACUAGGACUGUAAUGCAUUUGUUUUAAAGGGCUUCAUCUGUCCAUGUAAAUUGUGAGGAUCAAGUGAUAUACUAUCAUCUGCAUUGCAUUUCA